CAGGGCAAUAUAAGGAAGGAGGCUGCCUACAUUAAUCACUAGUUGGAGGGGAUGGAAUGAAGAGUCAACAAAAUCUACAUCAGCAGAUUAUUGUGUCAAGCCUUCAGUAUGCCAUCUAUUCGUCUAGUCUUCCUGACCACUCUACUCAUGGCAGUGAUGGUCGUGCUGACCUCUAGUGCCAGAACCACACGCUGGCCCAAACCUCAGACCACCAAGAAGCCACCUCGAGCCGGGAGCAGCGGAGGAGGUGGGGGUGGAGGACGGACCACCACCACGACAACAUCCCCUUCCAGCAUGCACACAGAUGAGACAACUGAGGUCAUGAUGGACGCUUACUCCCUGUCCCCUACAGACAGUACCACCUACUCCAGCGACACUUUCCCUACUGAUUACCACACCGAUGCCAUAGUGCCUCCUGGGAUCCCCCAUGGAAACUUUAGUCUUGACUACAAUGAAUGUUUCUACAACGUCUGUGAGUGCUGUCCACCAGAGAAAGGCCCCAUUGGACCCAUGGGAGAAAGAGGGCCACCAGGACCGCCAGGAGAGAGGGGCCCUCCAGGAUUAGCAGGAGAGAAGGGAGAAACAGGGCUCAGAGGACCUCCAGGACCAGCAGGACUACCUGGAGCCAACGGACUCAAUGGUGACAUAGGUGAAAAAGGUGAUCCAGGGCUGGUGGGUGUUCCUGGUGCCCCUGGGAUCCCAGGAAAACCAGGAGAGAGAGGUGAUCCGGGCCCCAAAGGAGAGAAAGGUGAACGUGGCUUCAGCGGUCUGAAAGGAGACCCGGGAGAAAGAGGAGAGCCUGGCCUGAAUGGGACUAAGGGCAACAUCGGGCGAGAGGGGCCCAUGGGUCCCCCUGGGGUAGCUGGGACAAAGGGUCAGAAAGGUGAACAGGGACUUAUAGGCGAGUGUUUACCAGGCGAGAAAGGUGAUGUGGGUGAGCGUGGGCCCCCUGGUCUGAGAGGUGAGAUGGGAGUGAAUGGAACUGAUGGUGCAAAGGGAGAGCCAGGGCCUCCAGGAGUGAAGGGGGAUACUGGUGCCAGAGGUCCCCCAGGACCUCCUGGAGGGAGGGGCAUAGCAGGGCUGAGGGGGGAGAGGGGACUUAAAGGUGGGCGUGGGCCUCGGGGUCCUAAAGGCCCACCAGGUGAGAGCGUGGAGCUGAUUCGCUCUGCCUUCAGUGUGGGCUUGUUUCCCAGCAGGUCCUUCCCUCCACCCAGCCUGCCUGUGAAGUUUGAUAAGGUGUUUUACAAUGGGGAGGGGCACUGGGACCCAGCACUCAACAAGUUCAAUGUCACCUACCCGGGGGUCUACCUAUUCAGUUACCACAUCACUGUGCGCAACCGUCCUGUUCGUGCUGCCCUAGUGAUAAAUGGGGUACGGAAGCUGCGGACCCGGGAUUCUCUGUACGGCCAGGACAUCGAUCAGGCAUCCAACCUCGCACUGAUGCAUCUGACUGAAGGCGACCAGGUGUGGCUGGAGACACUGAGAGACUGGAAUGGAGUUUACUCCAGCAGCGAGGAUGACAGCACUUUCUCUGGCUUCCUGCUUUACCCAGACUCCAAGAGCAAACCCACUGCUAUAGAAUAACCUGUGACUGCAGCCUUUGACCUUGAAUGCGCUCUGAAUGUAACUUCUUGUAGACUCUGCACAACCUUCAGCCUAUUGCACUGCUCUGUCAAAUUAAUGUGAUUCAGCUAAAUACUGCUGCUUCCGUAUCUGCUCGCUGCUGUCGUGCUAAUCAAACCAAAUGCUUUGCUUGCCUUGGUCUAUUUGGAGAUGGAUGAGGAUUGAUUCUACCGCUGUAUGCAACACAGUUCUUUGUAACAAUGCAUUAAAAACGACUAUGCUUGAAA